GAUUCAAAUUUGCUUAAACUUCUCGGCCAACUUUCGGCGAUCUUUCUGUGAGAUUUUCAUUCUUGACGGGCAUCAGAUAGUUCAUAAAUGCAUUUUAAUGUGAUCUACAUUUUAACUGCGUGAAGGACUUGCGAUCUCCCGAGCUUCUCUCCCGGCAUCGCUAGUGAGGAGCUCACUUCGAUCACCGUGCAGUGCGUCACCUGAUCGCGAUGGCCGGAAACGAAGGCGGGAACAACCGGAUCGCUGACCUGAUGCAAGGAAAUCCGCUCACAUUCGGCGGCAUCGGCAUAGCCAGCUGGCGCCACGAGACCGAGCCGCACGCGGAGGCUAGGCCUCCGGCGCGGCCGUUUGUCGCGGCCGGCGGCUUCGAGGUGUUCAUGGAUGACGAGAGCCUGGCGCCGCCCGAGCCACGGCCGCGCGCCAAGGUGUUUCGGCCCGCUGCCGCGGCAGGUGCCCCCGGCCUGGUCAACGACGAAAAUCGUCGCCCACCCGAGACCAAACUGCGUACCAAGGCGCUCAGUCAGGCGACGGUCGGCAAUCUGCAGGCGUAUGCCGAUGACGAGCACUGUCCGCCUGAAACAAAAAUGCGGGCCAAAACGUUCGGUCAGACGUGCGUCGGUGACCUUCAAGUGUACGCAGAUGAAAACUGUCCACCCGAGUCCAGAACGCGGGCCAAGACGCUGGACCAGGCGUCUGCGGGCGGUUUUAAAGUCCACGUGGACGAGGAGAACGCUCCGCCGGCCGAGCGCAGACCGCGGCCGAAGACAUACGGCGAGGCGGCCGCGGCCGGCCUCCGGGUGCGCGCCGACGAGACCCGGCAGCGUGGCAAGGCGCUGGCGCCCUCGGCCGAGGAGGCGCGGCCACCGCGCGCCCAGCAGCGCAAGCAGAAGCUGAAGCAGCGGCCGCUGCAGGAGCUGCAGAGCACCAAACGGGCGGCGCUGCAGCCGCUGCCGCUGGCUACGGCCGCCCGGCUUCCGGCCGCCUUUGACGUGCACGAGGAUCCCUUGGAGCCGGCGGCGCUGCCGCAGUCGCAGCUGCUGCUGUGUCCGGCGGCGGCGGCUGACGCGCCGAUGGCCUCGCCCGAAUCGCUGCACUCGUCACUGGAGAGCAUCGCCAUCAGCCCGCACCGCGGUCGGCUGGACCGGCUGUUCUCGUACGAGGAGUACGCUGCCGAUCUGUACCGGAUCAUGCGGCACGUAGAGCUGGAUCACCGGCCCCGCGCCGACUUCAUGGCGCGCCAGCCGGACAUCAGCGUCGCCAUGCGCUCCAUCCUCGUCGACUGGCUGGUCGAGGUCAACGACGAGUACAAGCUGAACGCCGAGACGCUCCACCUGGCCGUCAACUACAUUGACCGCUUCCUCAGCGUCAUGACUGUUGUGCGAGCCAAGCUGCAGCUGGUUGGCACCACGGCCCUCUUCAUCGCCUCAAAGUUCGAGGAGAUCUAUCCGCCGACGGUGAGCGAGUUCGUCUACAUCACCGACGACACGUACACGGCCACGCAGCUGAAGCGCAUGGAACACGUCAUGCUGAAGAUGCUCGCCUUCGACAUGUCGGCGCCCACGUCCAACUGGUUCCUCAACUAUUACAUCGACAGCGGCGGCGCGGGGGAGGAGACAGUGAAGCACCUGGCUCAGUUUCUGCUGGAGCUGACGCUGGUGCAGUACGAGCUGUGCAAUAGGCACGUGAACUCGGUGCAGGCGGCGUCGGCGCUGUGCCUGGCGCGCCUCUCCACCGGCCAUGAACCGUGGACGCCGCAGCUGGAGCGGGUCUCCGGGCUGAACAGGGACCAGCUGCGGCCCUGCGUAGACCACAUGCUCUCCGUGUACCAGACGGCGCGCGACCUGCCCCAGCAGGCCGUCGUCGAUAAGUUCGCCAAGGACAAGUUUCUGGGCGUGUCGCAGCUGGAGCCGCCGACGGCCAUCUCCUGGGCCUAGCGGUCGCCGGCGAGCGCGCGACGGCCGCCACCGCCUGCCCUGAUCUCACGUCUCGUUCUGUCCGCACCGUCACGGCCGGCCGCCGCGGCCUGCGCUGGCCCGGCGCCCCCAGCCCACUCUGCCGACGGCCAACUUACUCCUCGAACCGAUCCGCCCCGAGCGGCCAGCCCAGACUGGUCUGGUCUGAGCCGUCCUUCCGCCUGCCUGUUUUAGGUCUGUUUUACGCACGCUCAGACUGGAAUCACCGCUGCCCGCGCAGCCCGUGUGAUUCGCGUCCGCCUCUUUUCGAGUGUUUUGUCUGUCUGCAUGUGCGCGCAUGCCACGCCCACCCGCCCUGACCGUCUGCUCAGUCGGGCCGGGUUUUUAGCUGAGGCCUUUAGUGCCGAGAACACAGCGUCGGCGGCCGCGCGCGCCACGUCCAGCGCGACCGCGGAGCGCCGGCGUGGCGAUGACGGCCGAGCCCGGCCGUCCGAUGUUUAGCUAGUGUGACAUGCCCGAAAGCGGAACUGGAGACACAAAGUGCAAAUCGUAUGUUGCUUGCGUUUAGCAUGGCGUGGUUAGUCUGCUGUACAUAAUGGACGAUAUGCUAAUACAAAUGUACGGAGAAC